AUGACGUCUACGAGAGAAGUUACGGGAAAUACGUUUGGAAACGAUGCCACAGUACUUCUUGGAGAUUUGAUCAACAAUGUAAUCAAUGUUAGCACGGACCCCUCUGCUGCAGAUACAGCUUUUCUUCAAGACAUCAGCAAAACAAAUCCUGUGGAUGAUAAAAAACGAAUACUUGAAUCCAAGGGUCCCCUGAUAUACGACUCGUAUCGCUGGAUCCUCGCGCAUAAAGAAUUCAGAAAAUGGCGCGACAAACAAAAGAAUGGAGUUUUUUGGGUCAAAGGGGACCCUGGAAAAGGCAAAACAAUGCUUCUCUGUGGAAUCAUUGAAGAUUUCGAAAACAAUUGCAAGCUACAAGGGAAAUUGGUCUAUUUCUUCUGUCAAGGCACAGAUACCCGACUUAAUACAGCCACCGCUAUUAUCAGGGGCUUGAUUUACUCAGUGCUUCGACAAAACCAAGGCCUUCUUUCAUCCAUCCAGGAACAGGUAAAAAAGGAGCCAAGAGGUUACUUAGAAGGAACUAAUGCGUGGGUUGCGCUUAGCCGGAUUUUUACAACUAUUACUCAAGAUCCAUGCAUGGCAGAUUCUACUUUUAUUAUUGACGCCCUCGAUGAAUGCCAACACCAAGAAUCGCGCAAAUCGCUCUUUAAUCUCAUCAUGGACACGAGCAGCCACAUCAAGUGGUUAGUAUCCAGUCGAAAUGAGAAAGAAAUUGAACACGCAUUAAAGUCGAUUGACAACAGGCUAAUAUUGGAAUUGCAAAGCAAUGCAGGCCAUGUCUCCAGCGCUGUUGAUACAUAUAUAGAUCGCUGUGCUCGAGACAUUGAGGCGCUUGAGGGGGAUGAUGACCUCCGCGAGAAGACGGUUAAUAUACUCAAAACAAAGGCAAACGGUACCUUUUUAUGGGUAACACUUGUUGUCCAACAGCUACGAGGUGCUGGCCGUCCUCACAUCGAAAGAAUUUUGGAAGAAAUGCCCGAAGAUUUGGAAAGCCUCUACGAUGAGAUAAUGGAGCGUUCGAAGAAGGGGUGGAAAAAUGACACAGAAGCCUGUCUCAUUUUUUUAGCAACAGUGACUGCCGCCGAGCGACCGCUUCAUAUUGAUGAAUUAUAUCUAUUCACCAGCUCUCAAUUAAUCGGCACCAAGGUCAGGUAUCUUCCAAGCGAUAUCGAAUACUUGGCUAAGGCUUGCGGAUCAUUUAUAACCAUCAUGGACAAGACUAUAUACUUCAUCCACCAGUCUGUUAAAGACUAUAUGGCACACAAGGGAGCCAUCAGUAUUUUCCCUAGAGGAAUUGAGCGUCAACAUUCUAAGAUGUUUGAAAUCUCACUCAAUGUUUUGGAUAAGGUCCUUCGAUGCGACAUCUAUAAUGUCAGAACACCAGGAGAACAUGUGGAUGAAGUUGCACCACCGAAUCCGAACCCAUUAGCAUCAAAAGCAUACUGCUGUGCAUUUUGGAUUGAGCACCUAUCUCAUUGCAGACAACCUCGGCUAUUUCAAGACGGCGGAAUACUUCACACGUUCCUCAAGGAAAAGUAUUUAAACUGGCUAGAAGCAAUGGUCUUGUUGAAAUUAUUACCCCAAGCCGUAAUUGCUAUUCAAAGGCUGCGAGACUUGAUUACAAGCUAUUACACAAUGGAUGGUAAUAGUAAUCGGACUUAUGAACCGCCUCACGCGAGAAAAAGAGGCCAAAUUGGACACGAUCGUUGGCUAGCCGACACUGUGAUGCCUGAAGGGAAACCAGAUAUAUUGGUAAACAGCGAAAGGAAUGAGACCCUUGAACUGACAAGAGACGUCUAUCGCCUUGUCUCUUCACAUAGGGCGAUAAUUGAAGCGUAUCCACUACAGAUAUAUGCCUCCGCACUUAUAUUCAGCCCCAGCGAAAGCAUAUCCAGGAAACUGCUUGAGGCAGAGCAGUGCCCAAAAUGGAUCGUGUCUAAACCUAAGAUGAAAUCAAAUUGGAGCCCCUGCAUACAGACAAUUGGCGACUAUGAAUAUGCUGUUGGUUCAGUAGCAAUUUCGCCGGAUAAUACAAUGCUGGCGGCGAUUGCCUAUGGUAAAAAGGCCAAGGUCUGGAAUUUGAUAUCCGGAGUGUGCUUACAUACGUUUGAGACCGAGCUUGUCAUGGAAGUGGUUUUCUCACCACACAGUACCCAAUUGGCACUGAUUGCCAUUGAAAAAGUUGAGAUUUGGGAUCUCAUCACGGGCACUCGAAUCAAGACUAUGGAAGGCUAUUUCCAAUCAGCGAGCUUUUGCACAGACGGCACCCAUCUGGCUCUUAUGGGCGACACCACUCUGGAAAUUCACAAUCUUGCUACAAGUGAGGAUUUUCACACGCAUACUACUCACCCAAGCGAAUUGGUCCUGGCCACAGUUUUCCCCUCAGAUUGUGCACAAUUGAACUCGGAAUUUCUCAACGGAGUCGUUGGAUCCCAUUGUACAGAAGCCGAUACGGGAGCACCUGUGUUUACAGAUCGGAUAUUUCAUGCCAAGGUGGUGGUCUACAACCCGGAAACGGACACUAUGAAAGUUCUGGAUUUGGCUACUGGCAAAUGCCUACAGGCUACGGUUAUGGCGAAGGAAGUGGCAGGCAGGGACGAAUUAGCACUUUCACCUGAUGGGAUGCGACUGGCACUUGCGAGUCAUGGCGCAAUCGACAUCUGGGAUCUUGCCACCAGUAGUUGCCUACAGACAAUCGGAGACCCUUGUCUCAAGAAGAAAGCAAUGAUGUUCUCGGCCGAUGGAUUGCGGCUAGCAUCAACAAGAGAGAAAGAGAUCAAAAUUUGGGAUAUUGCCACUGGUACAUGUCUGCAGACACUUCUAGGCCAUACGGAAGAGGUCUACACAUUGGCUUUUUCGCCCGAUGGCUUGCGGCUGGCAUCAGGUUCUGGGGAUUGCACCAUUAAAAUCUGGGAUCUGGCUGCUAAAAGCUCCCCAGAUAUUACGACCUAUUCGAAAUGUCAAGACCGAAUCGAUUUCGUCGCAUUCUCGCCUGAUGGGAGGUGGAUAGCAUUGGGUUUAAGAGAUGAAACUAUCAGGAUCUGGGACACCGCCGCACGUGCAUUUCAAUGGACAAUGAAGACGUCGUAUAGUUUUGAGGGCAUCGCCUUUUCCCCAGACAGCAUGCAGCUGGCAACCGCUGAAGGCGCUUAUGACUAUAGGUCAUUUGGGGAUCGUUUCACGGGUGCAAGGUUUCGAACCCUCAAGAGUAAACCAUAUUCUUCCAGAAACACUCAACCAGCGUCGAGAUCGCCUGAUGGAUUUAUUAAAAUAUGGGAUUUAACAUCUGGGACGUGCUUAUACACGAUUGAAAAUGAUCGGUUUGUGGAUUUAUGGAUAGAGUUUUCACCAAGUAAUACACCACCAGGCGGGCGUUCAUUCAGACCGGGCGACACCUACACCACCAUCUGGGGUCUACUUACAGGUGUAUACCCCCAUGAAGAUAUCUCAGAACUAACAGGUCGGAAACAUGAGGAAUUGGAUUCACAUCUCUCGAAGCAGGUAGAGAUGCCCCUUGUGUAUUUUUCUCAGGGGCAACAGUUACGUUACAACGAUGAAUUGCCUAUGCUCAGCCUCAGCAAAAAUAAAGAUUGGAUCCUGAAGUCGAAUAAACCGCUGCUUUGGCUCCCUCCGGACUGUCGGCCUCAGCUAGAUGAAGCCUACGUAGAUUGGCGUCAGCCAGUUGGAGUAUACAAGAACCAUAUAGUCAUUGUUGACAAGUAUAACAACUGGCUACAUUUCGAAUUUAAUUUUGACAAGUUAGGUAAUUAA